AUGGCUGCACCAUACCUACAAAAUGUGAGCGGAGAUGCAGCUCUAAUAACCAAAGUUUGCUCCAGAACACCGCAAUUUGACUAUUGCUACGUUUGCAUUCAAGGUGAUGCUACUCGCGAUAAAGAGGAUGUAAAAGGGCUUGCAAGACAAUCAAUCACUUGUUCUGGGAUACAAACGUUGUACGUUUAUAAUGAUUUCGACAACUUGUUGAAGAAUGCAACCGAUCCUACGUUCAAGAAAACAUGCAUCCUGUGCAAAGAAUUUAUACUUGGCGCAUUGUAUAAUGUUGGAGAAGCACGACAGAGCUUUAGGGAUGGGGAUUACAAGGACGCGUCAAUUCGGCUUGAAGUAUCUAUUGCUAAUUAUAAUAGAUGUGACGAGGCAAUUAAGAAGGUAUGCCCACCUAUUUCACAAGAGCUGCGUAUGAACUUGGAUAAGGUGAAAGGUUUCUACGAAGUUGCUAUUGCAAUUCUGUUCCAAAUUUAA